CUCCUCUCUCUCUUUCUCAACUGGGACAAUCGUUACGUUGAGAGGUAUUGGUGUCACUCUGUCGUCACAGACUGUCCCCGUGCUGUCACUCAGGUUGUCUACUGCCCGACACUUACUCUUUGGCAGAGAGAGUAUGGCUUUUCAGUGUAUAUGGAGAACAGUGGUUCCUGCACAAACGGAUGAGGAGAGGUGGGAGAGCAUCUAAAGGGAGACAGAUAAAGCUGUAGUAGUAGAAGUGGCAGCUGACUAUCAGUCUCCAACUUCUGACAUUUCAACUUUUUACUCGAACAGGAUCAGUUGAAUUCUUACGACAUAAACUCUAUAGGGGACCUUUAGUGCAAAUUGUUUUUUUGGUAAGAAACCGAGAUGCAAUUGGAACUAUUCUUGUCUGGGAUUUAUUGACGGGCUUUUUUUUUUUUUUUUUUUUUGGAAGUUUCUGGAGGACUUUGAAGAGCAGAUGUGUUUCUUGGCUGGCCUUGGACUGUGCGUAGAGCUUCCAGUUGGAUUGUAUCCAGGCUGGCUGCAACAUUGCUGAAAUUGUGCAUCCUACAGGAAUAAUUCAGCAAACAACCAGGACUUGUGGAUUGUUGCCUUCAAAUAGACAUUGUUUGGAAACUGAAAAAGAGAGACGGAGAGAAACUGGCUGCCUAGACAUUUCAUUUAAAAUUUUCUCUGUUGAUCUCAACAUCGUUUUGAUACAGCAUUGUAUUAGUAUUAGUAAGCUGCAUCUAGAGGGGUGAUUAUUCAAGUUUGGCAUAGGUGGCCUUGUUAACUUUUAACAUCAUGGCUUCUGAGUCAUGCCCUUUGACUGUUGCGGAGAGAGCCAUGUGUAGACUCGUCCAUCGUGGGCCACGACCCCAGGCCAUGCUAAGGCCUUUACACCUGGAGCUACAGGUGUAUGUGGACAAAACAAGAAGCAAGCAAAAACACAGGAUGGAAGCCUCUUGCCUGGAGUUGGCUUUGGAAGGAGAGAGGUUGUGCAAGGCUGGAGACUUUAAAGGGGGAACAGCGUUCUUUGAGGCGGCCGUGCAAGUAGGCACAGAAGACCUGAAGACCCUCAGUGCCAUCUACAGCCAGCUUGGCAAUGCCUACUUCUACCUGAAGGAGUAUGGCAAAGCCCUGGAGUACCACAAACAUGACCUCACUUUGGCCAGGACAAUAGGAGACAGAAUUGGAGAAGGAAAAGCCAGCGGCAACCUUGGUAACACAUUAAAGGUGUUGGGGCGCUAUGACGAGGCUGUCGUCUGCUGCCAGAGACAUUUGGAUAUCUCUCAAGAGCAGGGUGACAAGGUAGGAGAGGCCAGAGCGCUAUACAACAUAGGGAAUGUGUUCCACGCUAAGGGCAAGCAGCAGCUAUGGGGUUGCACCCAGGAACCCGGGGACCUGCCUCCUGAUGUCAGAGACACACUGCAAAGGGCUACCGGCUUUUAUGAGAUGAAUUUGUGUUUGGUCAAAGAACUUGGUGACCGAGCUGCCCAGGGGAGAGCCUUUGGUAACCUAGGCAACACCCACUAUUUGCUGGGAAACUUUGUUGAAGCAAUCAAGUUCCACCGUCAGCGAUUGUCUAUUGCCAAAGAAUUUGGUGACAAAGCAGCAGAGCGGCGAGCCUACAGUAACCUUGGCAAUGCUCUGAUAUUCCUAGGCCAGUUCAACACAGCCACGGAGUACUACAGGAAAACCCUGCAGCUAUCUAGGCAGCUGAGGGACCAGGUGAUGGAAGCUCAGGCCUGUUACAGCCUGGGAAACACCUACACUCUUUUACAGCAGUAUGAAAGGGCCAUAGACUACCACCUCAAACACCUGUUCAUAGCCCAGGAGCUUACUGACAGGGUUGGAGAGGGCCGUGCCUGCUGGAGCCUGGGAAAUGCUUAUGUGUCUUUAGGGAACCACAGACAAGCUCUCCACUAUGCCCGAAAGCACCUGGCCAUUUCCAAAGAGAUUGGAGACAGAAAUGGAGAACUGACAGCCAGAAUGAAUGUGGAGCAGCUGAUGGAGGCUCUGGGGGUCAGCGAGAGUGACCUUUCACCCUGCGGUUCAGAGUUUGAGAUGCAAGGAGCAAGACCGAAAUUCACCAAGAGAAACAGUAUGGACAGUGUAGAAUUGUGCAAGUACUCCUCAGAUAAGAAUGGAGACAGCCAAGACUUGGAAAGUAUAUCCAGGAGAUCCAAAAGUCAGCUGUCACAGCCGGGUAAGAGGAAAGGCUACCCUGACAGUCAGUCAUCAGAUGAGAGGCAGUGGUUGGACUCUCCCAUCGACACCGAUGACAUCACUGUGCAAGUCCCGCCUCCAGUGCCAAAGCUAGGCCGUGAUCCCUCCGAUGAAGACUGCUUCUUUGACCUCCUUAGCAAAUUCCAGAGCAGCCGCAUGGACGACCAGCGCUGCCAUCUUGAUGAGCCACAGAAUGGAGACAACAGAGAAGGUGCUGCUAACUCCAUGCCAUCCCUAAACACCAUGAUAGAUCCUGCAAUCACCACUUCUCCCCAGACAGAGGAGCUGUUUGAUUUGAUUGCUAGCUCUCAGAGUCGCCGUCUUGAUGACCAGCGGGUUAAUGUUGGUAACCUUCCAGGCCUGAGAAUCACGCAUAACAAUCUGGGCCACCUGGUGGGUGAGGGAGAUCACCAGGAACCCAGUGAUGACUUCUUCAACAUGCUUAUCAAGUGCCAGUCCUCAAGGAUUGAUGACCAGCGGUGCUCCCCACCAGAAGUCGGCCCCCGUGCCCCCACAGUGCCUGAUGAAGACUUCUUCAGUUUAAUCCAGAGGGUGCAGGCCAAGCGCAUGGACGAGCAGCGUGUCCAGUUGCCCACGGAUGACCAGGACAGCCCAGAUGCGCCUGAUCCAGAGCCACCUAGUGGAUAUUCCAGCUAGGACUUAGCGAGCAACACUGCAGAACUACAUGUCAAAGACCAUACGAUAAAACCUGCGGAAAUGAAAGAAGGAUGAGCCAACACUGAAGAGGUGAAUUAACUAGGUUUUUAAUGACAAGAAAAUCCCAUGUGCAAUAGGUGCCCUGUAAAAUGUUGUCCAGUGUAUUAAGUUUUAAAUGUGUGUGAAUGCAAUAGAAAACAAGCAGAACUUACGCUAGGCCAUGUGGGAGAGAAGAGCUGAGAAGAUUUGAAAGAGUUUUGAAAUGUUGGAAUGCUUACAUGAGAAAAAUGAACAAUAGACAUGUACCCCAUCUGUUGCCUUAAACAGCAUUUUAUCAGACUCUGAUUGUAUUCCCAGCUGUCGCUUGUGUUUCUGUUCAGAAGCACAUGAUGGGCAUAUAACAUGAAGGAUUAAUGUGCAGAACUGGUGUUAUUUAUGCGAGCAGUAUUAGGAAAGGCCGUCAGUAGCCUAGAGUCCAGUGUUAGACAAACCGCUUCAGUCUACUUUAACAAUCCACCGACUGAUAACCAGAGCAUUGCUAAUCAAAUUGGUAUUUCAUUGUUGCCAUAUUGAGACAAAUGAAAAUCAUUUGGUAUUGUCGUUUAAAUCAACAGAUUCACUGAAAUAGCUGACAUACUGUUGGCAACCCCAGUCUAACUUUGUGGAAGAUGCAGUAGUCUACUUAGACAGUAUGCAGUAUCCUAGAUUAUUCAACAAGACCUUUCAGCUAGAUGUUUAUUUGAUAGGAUUAGAGCUUUGCAAAGAAAAAAACUAAAGCUUGUUUAAUGAAGGUCCAAUUAAUGCUCCCACUAAGCUUUGAAAGUGACCACAGUGCUGUCUACUGCUUAACCCCAUCAUCCAUUCAACGUAGAAACAGCAGAUGCAGAUGGAUAGGAUGGAUGUAUCAAAUCUCGAAGAGUCUGAUGCGAUGAACGAUGCUCGAUCAUGCUAAUCCAAGCUUUCAUAUGAUGCAAUUUUUCACUCUGCUGACACACUGCCACCCUGUGAUCCAACUUUGUACUACUGCCCUGAUAUGUUCAAGUAAAUGUAGUCCAUUUGAGAUUGGAAAUAAAAUGCAUUCCCUAUUUUUGAGUCUUUUGAAGGAUAAAGUUGUGAUAAUAACAUUACACUCAAGUAUGAUUAUUUUGAGCACUUUCUUCUUAUUUCAGCGAUAAGCUUUUGCUAACUGUGCCAUUUACUUUGGAUAUUUUUGCAGAUUUUUUUUUUUUUAAAUUAAGAGUGUAUCAUCAAAAACAGUUGGUGCCGCGCAUAUAUUUCUAUUCAUUUUCUGUUAUGAGAGUCCCCUGAUAUACAGCGAAACCCACUAAGGUACAAACUGUAGAAUGGAAAUUAAAAUUGGCUUCCAGGGAGUUUGAAGCACUUUUCUGUACAUCUGUAUACUGGUACGAAAAAUUUUUCACCUCAAUCAGGGGCUUAUUUUUCAAUCAAAAGUGGUGCAUACCUUUUUUUUGUAUCUCAAAGGUUGUGAACCUGAUGUCGAUUGAUGUCAAGUUUUAAAAACUGGAGAAGUCCUGAAAUCAAAUGGACUAAUAUGGGCCAUGAACUAAGUAUGUAUUGCUCAUGUUUGAUUCAUUGCUCUGUCUGAUAAACAUCUCAUAGGGACCUAUAGCUAAUAUAUCAUUGAAUCUCCAAUUUCUUUGUUCUUUUUCUGUUCCUAACAAGUCAACAUGCUUAAGAACUACUCGGUACGCUUCUAUUUGUCACUGCCAUAAUAUGUACAUAUAUAUUUUUUUGUAUUUAUGUUCCAUUCGAGGACAUGUAGAUAUCCCCCAUGCUUUUAAUAAAAUGUUUCACAUAAUUCA